AUGCAUCUUAUGUACACUCUGGACCAGGAUGGAAAGCGGGUUUACACCCUGAAGAAGGUCACCCCCGCCGGCGAGGUUACCAAGAGCGCUCACCCCGCUCGCUUCUCUCCGGACGACAAGUACUCUCGGCACCGUGUUACAUUGAAGAAGAGAUACGGUCUUCUGCUCACCCAGCAAGCUGGUUUGUUACAAGUUCCAUGUGAUGUGUUGACAACGGAGUCUGACGGUUUCAUCAUUAUAGACAAGGAGGCUGCUCAGCUGUAA